CGUAAACUAUUUUCUAUAAAUUUCCUUAUACAGUGUAUCGAUUGUCAUUUGUCGGAUGCAUAAUGUCUGAUAUACAGAUUUAGUGUAUGCAUAUAUUGCUCUUUCAAGCCUUAGACGAUUUUUUUUGUUCAGUAAUAUGAAACAGAUGCUUUGUUCGAUGUUUAUAAUUUAAACACAACUGGCGUAUCCGUCUCGAAGUGUAUUAGCUCAUACAAAGGAAUAAAUUUCAACUCGUCGCCAUUUCAUAACGGACUGUGGCAGUGCUGUGAUACAUUUCCAACUUUUGAAACGAAAAGAAAAGAAAACUAUUUCUAUAGUCUAGCCAAGUGAAUGAUGGUUGAUUCAAGUUGGAAACGUUAAUGUUCUUCAAGCAAAUCGUGUUGAGAACGGUGAUACAUGAUUAUGAGACUGUGUUGUAAAGGCUGAACUUUGGUGACUAUACUAUAUAUAAGGUUUUGUGCAUUAAUUGCGAAUACCGUGUUCAACGUCAAUUGAGAAUUUAAGUUCAAAUUAGAUAUACAUGUAUAUCAGCUGCUUGCACACAUAAUGGCGAUCGCACGGAGAAGUUCGCUCCUCCAAUGGUGUAUCGUAGGGAUUUUCGUGCCUAUCUUAUUUGUAACUUACAAGAUGACAAUGAUCCCGAUGGUCGUUACUGAAGCUGAACCGGAAAUACAGUGCCUUCCUGCGGACUUCCGGGACAUGCAGUUCAUUGUCGGUGUUCAUCGGAACGCAUCGGUUCUUUUUCCGGAGGAUUUAUUAUUGAAAACCCUCAGUAGAGAAGACCUUUCAGCCCUUUACCACAGAUAUUUGGAGAACGUGCAGUACAUGUGUCGCCGGAAGGUCCGCCUGGGUAACUAUGAAGAUGGAGGCUGGGACAUCUGUGACGACGCACACUUCCGGCCACCUAAGCCCUGCAUCAUCUACUCGUUCGGAAUAAACAACGACUUCAGCUUUGACGAUGCGGCAAUAAAACACUUUGGCUGCAGUGUGUAUUCAUUCGACCCAAGCAUGCACAUGGACGAUCACCAGCGGUCGGACAAGAUCUACUUCCACUCCAUCGGCAUCUCGGACAAGGACGAGGUGAUCAAGGCCAACACAGACGAGUGGCAACUCUUUACAUACAACACCAUACGGCAAAAACUCCAACAUGCCAAUCUGGAUGGGACAGAAGUAGAAUGGGAGCAGUACUACAGGGCCUUGACCGUCCUUAGAAACCUCUACCAUCUAGGAUACCGGAUAUUCUGGACCCAUCAGAACCAUUACUGUGCAUUUGUGUCGGCAUGUAAAAUGGAACAGCGGUCAAACUGCCACGAGAUCAGCUUUGUUAAAGUGACUAAUCCAUUUUGACCAUCCCUGUGUACUGCAGAUUGAAGAAGUUAUUCAUGGUAUGAUUUGUUAGGCAUAAUGUUAUAUAUUUAGCUUGGAACCAAGACUAUCAGUGCUCGUCUUGAAGAAAACAUACACAUAGGGGACAUAUUCUGACGUUGGUGCUGUUUCGAUUCCGCUGUACUUUGAAUGUUAUAAAUACGCUUUAUAUAUUAAUAAAAGUUUUGAGUUUUAAUUUUUAUUUUAUAGACAUGUUAGAUAUGUAUUUAUUUAUGCGCUUAUUUGUUUCGUUUUAUAGUUGAAUACACUUGAACAUUUAUCAAUGUAA